AGAAACAGGACGCACGUUAGGUCAAAAAAAAUGCAUUAUUUUCCUGAAAUUACAACUGCAAUCAGAUGAAUUCAGCGAGUGAAAACAGUUAAAUCAAGAAAAAUGUUGCGCUUUACUCGUCUAGCACCACAUGCCUUACGACGAUCCGUCGUGGUCCUUUUCUCACGGCAAGCCAGGAGGACGCGCAGUUUUAAGAGACUUGCUGGUUGCACAAACGAGGAUCAUGAUUGGCGGAAUGCUCAUUCCACUCGAGAAGGAGGAGGAGAUGCCACAGAGAACAACAAUAAGGAGAGCAACCACGAUGGGCCCUUCUUCGUUGAUGCUCCUCCAGCCGAAGCCGCUGCUGGAAUGACUCUUACCUCCAUUUUGGCCAUAGCGGCAUGGGUCUCGGGUGCUAUCUAUCUCGCGUCUUCAGAUAGAUCUUCACCUUCCUCGGAGUCUACUUCUAGAAAUGGUAAUCAUGAUGGAAAAAAGCGGGCUGCAGCUCUUGCAUUAGCACAGGGUCGGUCCUUCCCGACGCUGAGUGAUUUGGAAAGACAAGGCGCAUAUGAGCUCAUAGCAGAGGGUGGCAUGAACAUGGUCUAUGCAUCAGCUGGC